AUGGGCGUCUUGGACUGGAUCGGCCUUGGCGCAGAGAGCGACCUCGCGCGCGCGUCCUUUGCCGGCGACAAGAGCUACGUCAAGCGGCUCCUCGACCAAGGCGUGAGCCCCGACAGCGUCCGCCAGGGCUGCAACGCACUCUACUUGGCAAUUACAACCGAGAACACCGCCAUGGUGACGCUGCUGCUUGACGCUGGUGCCGACGCCAACGCCCGCACCUGGUUUGGCCGACCACCGCUCGUCGCCGCCGUUCGCAACUGCCAUGCUGCGAUCGUAGAGCUUCUUCUCGUCGCUGGCGCAGCCCCCGAUGCUUGCGACAAGUCGCGGAUGCCACCGCUAGUUCUGGCAACCGCCGCGGGGGAUGCUGCCAUCGUCGAGCUCCUUCUGUGCGCUGGCGCCAACGUCGCCCAUACGUCGCCGAAAGGACAGUCGGCGCUGUACGUGGCUGCCGAGCGAGGAUACGACGAUGUCGUUGCGCUUCUCCUGCCUCGCGUUCAAGCGACGACGCAGUCGUUGGCGGACGCCAUGGUCAUUGCGGCAACCAACGGACGCACCGCCGUCAUCGAGUGCUUCCUGGCGACGCAUGCGCUUUCGACGCAGGACGAUGCGGAAGCCUUGUUGGCAGCCGCCGCCGCCGGCCAUGAAACGAUCGUGCGCCGCUUGCUCUCGUUUGGCGUCCCUAUCGACUCGACCGACGCGAAAGGGAAGACCGCGCUGCUCUUGGCCGCCGAGUAUGGGCGCCUCUCAGUUCUGACCGUCUUAUUGGACGCCGGCGCCAGCGUCAACCAGCUCGACACGUUUGGCGAGUCGUCGCUCUAUGUCGCUGCCCGGGGGGGUCAUGUCCCAGUCGUCACACGCCUGCUAUCGACCAAGCCGGACCUCAACAAGCACAACAAGAACGGCGUGUCGGCGCUCGUGGUGGCCAUCGCCAAGGGCCACGGCGAGAUUGUGCGGCAGCUGCUUCUCGCCGGCGCCUCUCUCGCGCCUUCGCGCCUC